AUGACUACCAAAGCUCCAAAGUAUGAAGCAAUUGUAGCAAAGAAAGUUGCUCAAAGAGAUUCAAAAUUUGUUAAGGAAUGGUUAAUUCCAAAGGAAUCACUUCCAGAUCUUACCGAUGUAACUGGCUGGAUUCCAAAAUCUGGAUUUUUAACCGAAGAAGAAUUAGAAAUUACUGAAGCAAAUGUUUUAGAAAUUUCUAAAAACAUUCAAAGUAAGAAAUGGCGUGCUUUGCAAGUAACUAAAGCAUUCUGUCAUAGAGCCAGUAUUGCCAAUCAAUUGGUGAACUGUUUAACCGAAGUCUUUUUCGAUGAGGCAUUCAAACAAGCAGAAGAACUUGAUAAAUACCAAGACGAAACUGGAUCUUUAAAGGGACCUCUUCAUGGUUUACCAAUUUCUUUGAAAGACAACUUAAAUGUCAAGGGACAAGCUUCAAGUAUUGGAAUUGUUCAAUUUUGCUUUGAACCAGAACAGAUGGAAGAAGAUUCAUUAAUUGUUGAAGUUUUAAGAGGAUUAGGAGCUGUUUUCUAUGUUAAGACUAACAUCCCAGCUGCUAUGAUGAUGCCAGAAUCAGUUAAUCAUAUUUUUGGCCAUACUGUAAAUCCUUUGAACAGAAAUUUGAGUGCAGGUGGAUCUUCUGGUGGUGAGGCUGCUCUCUUAGCCUUGAAAGGUUCACCACUUGGUGUUGGUACUGAUAUUGGAGGAAGUAUUAGAAUGCCAUCUUCAUUCCAGAAUUUGUACGCACUUAGACCAUCUUUUGGAAGAUUCCCAAAUUAUGGAGGUCGUUCUGGACUUCCAGGGUUGGAAUCGGUUAAUUCGGUUAAUGGUCCUAUGACAACUGACUUGGAAUCUCUUGAGUACUAUUGUAAAUCGGUCAUUGGCGAUGAACCAUGGAAUCGUGAUGCAAAGGCUAUUGAACUUCCUUGGAAAUCGGUUACUCUUCCAGAAAAGAUGAAUUUUGCAGUUUUGAUGGAUGAUGGUGUAGUUCGUCCUACUCCUCCAAUUCGUAGAGGGUUGCAAAUCACUAUCGAUGCCUUGAGAAAGGCUGGCCAUGAAGUCAUUGAAUGGGAUCCUGCUGAACAUUUCCGUUUAUCUGAAAUUAUCACUUCUUUCUUCCUCAGUGAUGGUGGAGCAUAUAUCAGAGAUGCAUUUGAAGCCACUGAAGAACCAUUUUUCCCAUUUAUGAAUGCACACAAAGUUGCACCAGAGGUGAAGGUGAAGGAUCUUUGGAAAUUACAAUCUGAGAGAUCGGCUUUACUUAAGAAAUACCUUGAGAGAUGGAAUGCUACUGCUGCUCAAACUAGUAAUGGGAAGCCAAUCGAUGCCAUUAUUAUGCCUGCAACUCCAUUUGCUGGGAACCCUACCGGUAAGUUCCAAGACUAUAUUGGAUAUACUUCACCUUUCAAUGUUUUAGAUUACAGUGUGGGGAUUUUCCCAGUCACUAGAGCUGACAAGGAUCUUGAUCCAAGAGACGAAGCAAGUACCGGCCACUCAGCUACUGAUGACAAGGUAUGGGAAGAUUACAACCCAGAAGAAACCCACGGAGGUGCAGUCGCCUUACAGCUUAUCGGUAGAAGACUCCAAGAAGAGAAGGUUGUUGAAAUGCUUAAAUUAUUUAAAAAGUUGAUUAAGUAUGAACACUAG